AAUCUCCCCCAGAUUAGGUUACAGGACAGCGUUUCGACGGCACGCAUUACAAAGCUCCCUGGAAGGCUUGGCUGGUGGAUCUGCUGCUCUCUCUGCUCAUGACCCAUUUUGGCUUUCAUCAAGAAUCAUGACACCAGCUGCCUGGGUCAUCUAGGAGGCAGAGAGGGGGAGAGCAACCCUGGGCUGUAAAGGGAAGUGGGGAAGGAAAAGAGAAGGAGGAGAAGGAGAAAGGAGGAGGAGGAAGAAGGGGGAGGAUAGAAAGACAGAGCACAGGGAGAGUAAGUAAGUUGUUUUAGUCCAGUUGUGAAGAUUUGAAUCCCAGUUCCGUGCUCUCGGCAAAGGCUUGCUGGGAUACUUCAUUCCCUGUCCUGUGCAAAGACCAUGUCCACUGGGUCCCUCAGUGAUGUGGAAGAUCUGCAGGAGGUGGAGAUGCUGGAGUGCGAUGGCCUGAAAAUGGAUACUAACAAAGAGUUUGGGGCGUCCACCGAGAGCAACGAGGAGGGAUCCAAUGGCGAGAAUGGCUCCCCUCAGAAGGGGAGAGGGGCCUCGGGCAAGAGGAAAAAAGCUCCCCCCAAGAAGAGCCCUUUAAAUGGAGUGAGCCAGGAGGGAAAGCAGGUACAGAGAAAUGCUGCCAACGCCAGAGAGAGGGCGAGGAUGAGGGUCCUUAGCAAAGCCUUCUCCAGGCUUAAGACCACCCUACCCUGGGUGCCCCCAGACACCAAACUUUCCAAACUGGACACCUUGAGGUUGGCCUCCAGCUACAUCGCUCACCUGAGGCAGAUCCUGGCCAAUGACAAGUAUGAGAACGGCUACAUCCACCCAGUCAACUUGACUUGGCCUUUUAUGGUAGCCGGCAAACCCGAGAGUGACCUGAAAGAAGUGGUGAACACAAACCGCUUGUGCGGCCCGACGGCAUCCUGAGCCCCGCGGCCGGGCCAGCAGCGUCCGUCCCGGCGCGGCCGUGGAGCGGGCGGCGGGGCGGGCAGGGACCCGCCGCGGCCCCGCCGCUGCCCCGGGCCCCGGCAGAGCCACGGGGAGAGCCGCUCUCCCGGCGCAGAGGAGACCAAAUAUGCCCUAGGAAAGACUCCAUCCACCCCGAGAGAUCCUGACUCUAUUUAACUUUAUUAAAUGCGUGUACAGUCGAGUGUCCUGCAACCACAGCCUUGCUGGUUCAAGAGCUACUAGAGAAAAGACAGAGAUCAAACAAAACCUACCCCGCGUGUAUCUUUUGUCUGAGACCUGUGAAAUAUGUAGAUGCCUAGAAAAACUGACUUUGACAGUCAUCUCUAUGAAGUAAUUCACCCUAAAGAUAUAUAGAUAUAUUUUCUUCAAGCAGAUUCUGCUCUAUUUCUGUGAAUAAACCUUCCUU